AUGUCUUCUGAGAGCGGCCUUAACUCGGAUGAAGAUAGUCUGAUCGAUGUCGAAGGGGAUGAACUGCGGGAUGGCCAGGCCUUGAAACCUUCCAAACGCCGCGCCAAUCUCUACGAUGCGGUAGCUGGUCGGGUCAAUCCCCGUGGCGUCAACCCCAUUCAAUCAUUUGCCUCACAAUACCGCGACACAGCCUCGUCGGGCGCUCGAGCGUUCCGCCCAGAGGAACUUCUCUUCCGCGGAAAAGACCCAGCUACACGAUCUCUGGACGAAGAAAAAUACUUUGCGAAUGAGAAGCUUCCAGCAGACCGGCCCUUGCCGGAUUCUGAGCUUCUAGAGACCAUCCAUGCCUAUGCGGCCGAUUACUUCGAGUACGCUACGGCCGAUAACGGCCAAGACGACCACCGAACCAUGGAUGAGACGGCUCUACUUGCGAUGGGCAUUCUGAUCGAAGAGAUGGCCUCGGAGGAGCUGGGUGAUACAGGAGAUUUGGUCCUUGUCGAAGGACAUCGUCUAUCAGAGGAAGAACAAGAGAUUGAUAUCGAGAGCGACACCACCACGCACUCUGCUGCACGAGCCCCGCGGAGAAAGCGAGCCAGCAGCAAGGGACGAAAGACGUCCAAGCGACGCAAACUGGCUCGUUCGGUCUCUCUCACCACCGAUGCUGAGACAGAGGUUGACGAGGGCCGAUGA